UGUUGCCACUAACCACAAGCUUACGUCCCAUCAUUCCCUCGCCGACGAUAAAUCUCAUUCGGUCCGGCUAAGCUAUUCGUAUCACCAUGUCUCCUCCGUGAUAGAGUCUUUCCUCUUAUCUGUAAACCAAUCCUUAUAAUCGUGGCCGUUAAUUUCAGAAUCUAAUCGCAAUCUGUUGUCUCUAAUGUUCCUGUCCUAAUGCACUUUUCGAUCUCUCUUCAGUGUGAAAUCAAUUGGUCGGAUUAGUGAGUAACUCGCCAUGUCCUAAUCUUGUGAAAGACCAGAACUUUUUUUUUAUUUUCCGCUUUUAGUUGACUUUUGAGAUAAAUGAUGCUGGAUCUCAACCUCAACGACGUCGUGUCGGCUGAGUCUACUACUCAGAUGGAUGAAUCGGUGACGUCUAACUCUUCGGUGGUCAAUGCGGAGGCGGCGUCAAGCUGCAUCGACGGCGGCGAAGAGGAGCUCUGCUCCACCACACGCGCCGUCAAGUUUCAGUUUGAAAUAUUGAAAGGAGGAGGAGAAGAAGAAGAAGACGAAGAUAGAAUGACUAAGGAGUUCUUUCCUGUUGCGCAAAGCUCCGUUGAUAUCUCCUUCCAGAGAGGUGGAGGCGAUGAUGCUGCUGCGGCGAUGGUGGUGAUGCAGCCACCAUCACAGCCGGUGAAGAAAAGCAGGAGAGGACCUAGGUCUAAGAGUUCUCAGUAUAGAGGUGUUACUUUCUAUAGGAGGACUGGCAGAUGGGAGUCUCAUAUCUGGGAUUGUGGUAAACAAGUUUAUUUAGGUGGAUUUGACACUGCUCAUGCUGCCGCUAGGGCGUAUGAUCGAGCUGCUGUCAAGUUCAGGGGUCUGGAGGCUGACAUCAAUUUCAUUAUCAGCGAUUAUGAAGAGGAUCUCAAGCAGAUGGCGAAUCUUUCCAAGGAGGAGCUUGUGCAAGUACUUCGGCGACAGAGCUCUGGUUUCUCCAGGAGUAAUUCGAGAUAUCAAGGAGUUGCUUUGCAAAAGAUUGGCGGGUGGGGAGCUCAAAUGAAGCAGUUCAAUGGAAACAUGGGUUAUGACAAGGCAGUUACAAAAUGGAGUGGAAGGGAGGUUGCUUCCUUAAUUGAGCCUCAUGCAUCCUGGAUGAUUCCCGAGGCAGCUAAUGUUAAGCUGGAUCUCAGUUUGGGAAUCUCUCUUUCACUGGGAGAUGGUCCAAAGCAAAAAGAUAACGCUCCCCGGCUUCAUAAUGCCCCUAACAGUGUUAUGAUGGAGAACCACAUCAACAUGGCUGCAGCAACAUGUGAUACGCCUUUCAAUUUGUUAAAGAGAGGUUCAGACCACCUUAUCAACCGCCAUGUCCUCCAUCCUUCUGCUUUCUUUUCACCAAUGGAAAGAAGACCAGAUAAAGGUUUUAUGUUGCCUUCUCUUCAAAGCUUCUCAGCCAGGACAGAUGCCACAACAGCAGCAAUUGCAUCGCCUCUGUACUCAUCAAAUGCAGCAUCAUCAGGAUUCUCACCCUCAGCUACACGCCCCCCGCCUUCCUCAUCCACUGCUCCUACUCUUCAUCCUUCUCACCCCUUCCUCAAUCUGAAUAUACCCUGUUUCUAUGUCAUCCACCCAUCUGAUCACGCAUCUCAGCAGCACCUUCACCAUCUCAUGAAUCGCCCACAACCACCACCAUAAACGUAUACCUGCUUUCCUCCGCCGACAUCAAGGUUCUAAACAGCCCUGAGAGUUUGAAUAACUUGGACCCGACUGUGGAAGGCCAACCAACCAGCACCAAAAAUCUAUUUCACUUGUAUUUGCCAUUGUUUGUAACAUAGAGUGAAGAAGGCUCAUAACAAAAACAGAAACCAAAACCUAUUUGUCAUAUUUAUUAUAGAUUAAUAUAUGAUGAACAAA